AUGGCCAGCCCGGCCCUUGCGGCAGCAGCCCUCUCCCUUCAGGACUGCAAUAAGGGAUGCGCUGCGGAAUGGAGCGGAGCCGUAGGAGCUGGAGAGGUGGCCAAGUCUUUCCUGGCUAAAGAUCUCAUCAUCACGCCGGCCACCACCUUGAAGGAGAAGCCAGACCCAAACACGCUGGUGUUUGGAAGUGUGUUCACCGAUCACAUGUUGACAGUGGAGUGGUCAUCUGAGAGUGGGUGGGAGAGACCCCACAUCAAGCCUUUUCAGAACCUCUCGUUGCAUCCUGGAUCUUCGGCUUUGCAUUAUGCGGUGGAGUUGUUUGAAGGACUGAAGGCAUUCCGUGGAGUAGACAAUAAAAUCCGACUGUUUCGGCCAGAUCUCAACAUGGACAGGAUGCUUCGGUCUGCAGUGAGGACAACUCUGCCGGUAUUUGAUAAGGAGGAGCUUUUGGAGUGUAUUCAACAGCUGGUGAAACUAGAUCAAGAAUGGGUCCCCUAUUCAACAUCUGCAAGCCUGUAUAUUCGUCCUGCACUCAUUGGAACUGAGUCUUCUCUUGGAGUCAAGAAGCCCACGAAAGCCCUGCUCUUCGUCAUCCUGAGUCCUGUGGGACCUUAUUUUUCAAGCGGUACCUUUAAUCCCGUGUCCCUGUGGGCCAACCCGAAAUAUGUCCGAGCCUGGGAAGGGGGAACCGGAGACUACAAGAUGGGAGGGAAUUACGGCGCGUCGCUUUACGCGCAGUGUGAGGCCAUGGAGCAUGGGUGUCAGCAGGUGCUGUGGCUCUACGGCUCAGAUAACCAGAUAACAGAAGUAGGCACCAUGAAUCUCUUCCUUUAUUGGAUCAAUGAAGAUGGAGAAGAAGAACUGGCAACUCCUCCGCUAGAUGGCAUCAUUCUCCCGGGAGUGACGAGGCAGUGCAUUCUGGACUUGGCACACAAGUGGGGCGAGUUUAAGGUGUCGGAGCGGUACCUCACCAUGGAUGACCUGACAGCAGCCCUGGAGGCCAACAGAGUGAAGGAGAUGUUUGGCGCUGGGACUGCCUGUGUGGUUUGCCCAGUUUCUGCUAUACUGUACCAGGGUGAGACAAUGCAUAUUCCAACUAUGGAGAAUGGUCCCAAGCUAGCAAGCCGUCUCUUGGGUAAAUUGACUGAUAUCCAGUAUGGAAGAGAAGAAAGCGACUGGACAAUCGUAUUAUCCUGAGUGGAAAACACAGAAUACCAACUGUACGCGCUUGGGAUAAACCUGUUGCAGUUGAAUGGUGAUAGAUUUCUUUGACUACCUGUUAGUUGAUGUCCCUACCGUAGCUCGUAGGAUCGGUGUGUUCUAAGGAUGAUUCUCCUUUUAAGCUAGAGAAAACGAAUUGCAAUCAUUCAUGGUGUCUUGUAACCUUGGCAAUGGUUGCUUACGUUCCCUUUUCCCAGAAAGAUAAUAAUGCAAGUCACAUAACGUAGAAUUUCCUUUAGUAAUUUGCCUCCCUUCAUCCUUUUUAGAUUAAAAAAAAAAGAUUGUUUACUCCUUGGUAUAAAUUAUGCUCUGCUCCUCAACCAAAUGAGCUGAUUGGAAUAUAUUUCAUGGAUGCCAUUCCCUGCAUCGCAUCUUUAUCUUUGGAAAGUGUUUGUUUGUUUUUCAUGUCAAGACUCAUCUCAUGUGUUUGCAGGCGCCUGAGUCCAUCUCAGGGCAUGUAUCUUAUUGUUGA